CUACUCACAACAAGUCACAAUAAUACAAUCACAAAGAUGUCGUCGACAGCCAGCCUCCUCGUGCUUGCUCUGGCAGGCCUCCUACUCGUCACCUUCCCAGGCCUCUGCGCCGGCACCGCCGCAGCUCAUCACCGCCCCAACGGCAACCAGUGCCACCCAAGCGGCUCGUUGGAGGGGCCGAGCACGGGCCACAUCUGCGGGGAGUGCUGCAAGCCCGGGCACCUCUAUCCGAAGUACCAGUGCUCGCCGCCGGUCACCAAAAAUACCAGAGCCGUCAUGACGCUCAACAACUUCGAGGAGGGUGGAGAUGGCGGUGACCCGUCGGAGUGCGACGGCAAGUACCACUACAACACGGAGCGCGUGGUGGCGCUGUCCACGGGGUGGUACAACCACGGCAAGCGCUGCGGUAAGAACAUACGGAUCAGCGCCAAGGGCAGGUCCGUGCUCGCCAAGGUCGUGGACGAGUGCGACAGCCUGCACGGUUGCGACAAGCCGCAUGCCUUCCAGCCUCCUUGCGAGCCCAACAUCGUUGACGCGUCCCAGGCCGUGUGGGAUGCGUUGGACAUCACCGGGGAUGAGGUCGGCGACUACCCUAUCACCUGGACGGACGCAUCUCAGAUGGAGAACGUUGCUCACUCGCUACAAAUAGGCAGGGAUCUCCGGAUCAAUGCCCACAGCUCACUCACAAGUUACAACAAUACAAUCAUAAAGAUGUCGUCGACAGCGAGCCUCCUCGUGCUUGCUCUGGCAGGCCUCCUGCUCGUCACCUUCCCAGGCCUCUGCGCCGGCACCGCCGCAGCUCAUCACCGCCCCAACGGCAACCAGUGCCACCCAAGCGGCUCGUUGGAGGGGCCGAGCACGGGCCACAUCUGCGGGGAGUGUUGCAAGCCCGGGCACCUCUAUCCGAAGUACCAGUGCUCGCCGCCGGUCACCAAAAAUACCAGGGCCGUCAUGACGCUCAACAACUUCGAGGAGGGUGGAGAUGGCGGUGACCCGUCGGAGUGCGACGGCAAGUACCACUACAACACGGAGCGCGUGGUGGCGCUGUCCACGGGGUGGUACAACCACGGCAAGCGCUGCGGCAAGAACAUACGGAUCAGCGCCAAGGGCAGGUCCGUGCUCGCCAAUGUCGUGGACGAGUGCGACAGCCUGCACGGUUGCGACAAGCCGCACGCCUUCCAGCCGCCGUGCGAGCCCAACAUCGUCGACGCAUCACAGGCCGUGUGGGAUGCGCUGGACAUCACCGGGGAUGAGGUUGGCGACUACCCUAUCACCUGGACGGACGCAUGAUGAGUACUUGGUCUCUGGCCAGACUGUGUCCUCACUUUCGAUGAACUUCUGUUUUGAGUGUUCUGUGUUUUCUUAAUGUUGUGUUAUCCCAAAUUUAUUUUAAUGAAUAAACUAAGUUAUGGGAAAUCCCAU